AUGCGCUGGCUUUCGCUUCUCGCGUCUUCGCUGCUGUGCACGGGCGGCCUGGCCGCCAAGAAGGCCGCCGGCGAUACCUUCCAGCAGUUCCACGCCAAGCAGCUCUCGUCGGCUCCGGUCAAAAUCGAGGACACCGCCUACCAGAAGCUUGUGGGCGGCACGCCGCGUGACUACAGCACAGCAGUGCUGCUGACGGCCAUGGAUGCGCGCUACGGCUGCCAGCUGUGCCACGAGUUCCAGCCCGAGUAUGACCUGUUGGCCCGUAGUUGGACCAAGGGCGACAAGGCGGGCGAGUCUCGCUUGGUGUUUACGACGCUCGACUUCAGCGACGGCCGCGAUACCUUUGUGUCGCUCGGUCUGCAGACGGCGCCCGUCCUUCUCUUCUUCCCGCCCACGGCCGGCCCGCACGCCGUCUCCUCUCCGGAGCCCCUGCGCUACGACUUUACAAACGGUGCCGGCUCCGCUGAGGUGGUUCACCACUGGAUCUCCCGCCACCUGCCCGACCGCCCGCACCCGGCGAUCAAGCGCCCGAUCAACUGGUUUGCGUGGCUCACGAGCAUCACGAUGCUGCUGGGCUCGGCCACCGCUCUGUUUGUGGCGUGGCCGUACGUGCUGCCGGUGAUCCAAAACCGCAACAUUUGGGCGGCCAUUAGCCUGAUUUCCAUCCUGCUCUUUACCUCGGGCCACAUGUUCAACCACAUCCGUAAGGUUCCGUAUGUGGCGGGUGAUGGCCGCGGCGGUAUCAGCUACUUUGCCGGGGGCUUCCAGAACCAGUUUGGUAUGGAGACGCAGCUCAUUGCUGCCAUGUAUGGCAUUCUUUCGUUUGCCGCCAUCUCCCUGGCCGUCAAGGUUCCGAGAAUAGCCGACGAGAAGAUGCAGCAGGUGGCGGCGCUCAUUUGGGGCGCAGUCAUCUUCCUCAUGUACAGCUUCCUGCUGAGCGUGUUCCGCAUGAAGAACGGAGGCUACCCGUUCUCGCUUCCGCCGUUCAUGUAA